CCGCAACAGUGGUGGCGAAGCCGCGUCCUCUGCGUCCUCUGUCAUUCACCUUGUAGAAAAGUCUGGCUAUGGCAGCGAUUCUACCAGUCCAAGGAGCACCACCGCGCUGAUGGCCGUCCCCAGGAUACCUAGAAACCAGAGUUCCUUCUAUACAGACUCGCGAUAUUCCUUUGCUAGCACUGGCUCAAGAGUCACGUCAAUUGCCGACAAGUUCACACUAUCACAGGACCCGCGCGAGUGGGUUACGCUCGGCGACCUAGCGGAGGAAGAUGACGAGCUGCACGCACCGACGCUGCCUUAUGCGACCCAGGACGGCAAGAAGGUUGUGAAACCGAAGCCGGAGACGGACCGGCACUAUCUCUCGUCGAGAGGUGUCGCGAAUCUCGGAUGCCUGGUUGUGCUUAUUAUCGGGGUUCUGGGGCUGUUUGCUGGGUUCCCAAUAGCGAUGUAUGUGACGAAGAGCACACUGUCCAACUUCGGUGCGUUCAACAUCGGCGGCAUAAACGCCAGUGGGCAGAUCCCAAGUCUGCCAGGCGACUACGGGAUCAUUGACGCCGAGACACCCAAAGAGGCCUACACGAAGACGUCAUGGGCGGACGGGAGCGAGCUGCAGCUCGUCUUCAGUGACGAGUUCAACGUCGAUGGACGGACGUUCUGGCCUGGCGACGACCCGUACUGGGAGGCCGUCGACCUGCACUACUGGGAGACGAACAAUAUUGAGUGGUACAGUCCGGAUCAGAUAACGACGCAGGAUGGUAGUCUUGUUAUUACGCUGGAGCGGAAGGCGAGCCAUAAUUUAAACUACCAGGGAGGGAUGAUGUCGACGUGGAACAAAUUUUGUUUCACGGGGGGAUACAUCGAGACGAACGUUGAGCUUCCGGGUGUAAACAAUGUUGUCGGUCUGUGGCCUGCCAUUUGGACGAUGGGCAAUCUGGGAAGAGCGGGGUAUGGUGCGAGUCUCGAAGGCCUGUGGCCAUACACCUACGAUGCCUGUGACGUCGGCACGGUAGCCAACCAGUCCAUCAACGGACAACCGGUUGCCGCCACGAUUAAUGGGGACCAGGGAAAGGGUGGCGUUCUGUCGUACCUACCCGGCCAGAGGCUUUCGCGGUGUACGUGUCCAGGGGAGAGCCAUCCAGGGCCGAAGCACUCGGAUGGGACAUUUGUGGGACGGGCGGCGCCGGAGAUUGAUGUCUUCGAGGCGCAGAUCACCGGGACGCCGUUGGUUGCGCAGGUUUCGCAAUCCGCACAGUGGGCGCCUUUCAAUGCGGGGUACAUCUGGGCGAAUACGUCCGAGAACGAGGUUAUCGUGGACCCGUCGAUCAGCCAGCAGAAUUCGUUCAUUGGCAGUGCGACGCAGCAGGCGACGUCUGUCGUUACGGCGACCAACCAGGUGUGCUAUGAGUAUGAGCAGGGGUGUUAUUCGAUAUACGGGUUUGAGUACAAGCCAGGGUUCGAUGACGCUUAUAUCACUUGGAUAUCGGACAACAAGAUAUCGUGGACUCUGAACGUCGCGGGUUUGGGGCCGGACGCGGCCACGGAAAUCUCUGCUCGACCAGUGCCGCAAGAGCCCAUGUAUAUCAUCAUGAACCUUGGCAUGUCAACCAACUUCGGGGAUGUCGAUCUAGAGCAUCUGCCGUUCCCGGUGCAUAUGCGUGUUGAUUAUAUUCGUGUUUACCAGAGAAAAGAUUCGAUCAACAUCGGAUGUGACCCGAAGGAUUUCCCGACACAGAAGUAUAUCAACGAGUACCUGCCUGCGUACGCAAACCCGAACUUGACGACCUGGAGAGGCGACUUUGGCCAACCGUGGCCGAAGAACUCCUGGUUGGGCGAAUGCUGAUAAGUUCCGAUACACUCCUGCCUCGACGCUCGACAUAGACUUGCAUUUCCCUCACCAUCCUCACCUUCUCCUGCGCGCCUUGGCUACGCUGUACAAAUGUAUGACCAAAACCCGGCUCUCGACUGUCGGGAUGCAACAUACGGCAUGGGCAUUCGAACUGACGGAUCGCGACUCGACUGCUCCUCUACUCAUCCUCCGCCACUCCGCGGCGGUCAUCCACGACUUUGAUAUGACUUAGACAUCUGCAUUAUCCCUUCUGGCGGUGCUUCUCGACCACCACACGCUUCACAUCUCGAUGCUGCCCCCCUUCCCGGCGCUUGCUCCCUAUUCCCGAUCAACACCCCGUCUGCGCUUUCCAUCAGGGAUCCAUCAUCAUAAAGAUGGAAUCACGAAGGUAGCGCAGCAAGCCCUGUCCUUGAUGGAUGCAUCCCGCCAUCCACCCUGCAUAAUACCCAACACCUUCGACGACUCUUCCAUGCAUUAACUUAAUACAUUAAGCUAUUCCCUGUAAUCCAGCGUGGACUGCAGAUCAUUCCCUUCAUGUAACACUAGGCCACCUUUGUCCAUACCGCAUUGUUUUCGUGCUCUGUUCUUCCUUCAUACACGUUGUACGUGCGAGGGCCGGUUAUAAUAUCUGGACGUUGACAACGCCGCUGGGGGUUAACAGACUUUCUCCUCUGUCGCUGUGACCACAUCAUGUCAUUCACAUCGUCCGUGGCAGUCACAAUAUACUCAUAGAUUUCAUGA